UCCUCUAUACUCUUUGUCUAUGGUCAUACGAAGUAAAUACAAGGGUUGCAUGUUUUGCCGAGUUUUUAAUUAAAAUUGCUGUUUUCUUUUCAAUGAGUGUAUUUAACUGAAAUACAAAAUGAGUUUUUCUAGUGAUGAAGUCAAUUUCCUUGUGUAUCGGUACUUGCAAGAAUCAGGCUUCCACCAUUCUGCUUACACAUUCGGUAUUGAAUCACAUAUAUCUCAGAGUAACAUCAAUGGAGCCUUGGUACCACCUGCAGCAUUACUAAAUAUACUGCAAAAAGGAUUACAAUACACAGAAGCAGAAAUCACGAUUGGAGAAGAUGGAAGUGAGACACGGCUGACAGAGAGUUUAAGUUUGAUUGAUGCAGUCACGCCAGAUAUUGUGGCUGCAAGACAAAAUGCACAUAAUGCUCAAAAGCAAGCAAUUAAGGCUGAACCUGGAUCUGGCGGAGAACAAAAUGGAGUUGAUGGCACAACAUGCAAUGCAGCAGCAGCUGCUCCUGGAGGAGCAGCAACUCCUAGUGCUCCAGAAGCCAUGGAUAUGGAUCAAUCUAUAGAAAUACCAGCUAGUAAAGCCACAGUGUUAAGAGGACAUGAAUCUGAAGUAUUCAUCUGUGCUUGGAACCCUAGUACAGACCUGUUAGCCAGUGGAUCGGGUGAUAGUACAGCUAGGAUAUGGGACAUGUCAGAUAAUCCAGCAACUACACCUAACCAGUUAGUACUGAGACACUGCAUACAAAAGGGUGGAGCUGAGGUACCCAGCAACAAAGAUGUCACAUCUCUAGACUGGAAUUGUGAUGGAAAUCUUCUAGCCACUGGUUCAUAUGAUGGCUACGCUCGGAUUUGGACCACAGAUGGUACACUAGCAUCAACAUUAGGUCAACAUAAAGGACCUAUAUUUGCUUUGAAGUGGAACAAACGUGGAAAUUAUAUUUUAAGUGCAGGAGUUGACAAGACUACAAUUAUAUGGGACGCAUCAACAGGACAAUGCACACAACAAUUUUCAUUCCACUUGGCACCUGCGCUUGAUGUAGAUUGGCAAACCAACACUUCGUUUGCAUCAUGCUCCACAGACCAAUGUAUUCAUGUCUGUAAACUAAAUGCUGAUAAACCAAUUAAAAGCUUCCAAGGACACACUAAUGAAGUCAAUGCUAUAAAAUGGGAUCCCCAAGGCCAGUUGUUGGCAUCUUGCUCAGAUGAUAUGACAUUAAAGAUUUGGUCUAUGAAGCAGGACACUUGCGUACAUGACUUACAAGCACAUUCGAAAGAAAUUUACACAAUCAAAUGGUCACCUACAGGGCCUGGAACUCAAAACCCGAAUAUGAACCUAAUCUUAGCCAGUGCUUCUUUUGACAGCACUGUUCGUCUGUGGGAUGUUGAGAGAGGUGUAUGCAUACACACCCUUACAAAACAUACUGAACCAGUAUAUAGUGUUGCGUUUUCACCAGAUGGCAAGUUCUUGGCUAGUGGUUCAUUUGACAAAUGUGUUCACAUAUGGUCCACACAAACCGGAAGCUUAGUUCACUCCUACAAAGGUACCGGCGGUAUUUUCGAAGUGUGCUGGAAUUCACGAGGCACGAAGGUUGGCGCAAGCGCAAGUGACGGUAGUGUUUUUGUUCUAGACUUACGUAAACUAUAACAACAAGCUUUCAGAAACACUGUAUGUGUGUUUAAUCAUAAGAAAAUCAGACGAUGAUUUCGAACUUUCAGAUAUGAACCAGAGUAUGUAUUUAAUUUUAUUGUAGCUGAAUUGUCUGUUUUGAAUUUACGGCAAUAACUAUAGAUAAUAUUAUCCAUUAAUGUUAAGGUAAAUUCCAAUCACACAAAAUUAAAUCUAUAUUAUUGUUAUACUGAAUUAUAUCCUAUAUAAUUAUUACGAUAUUUGUGAACAAUGUAUAACAUGAUCAUCUGCAUGUAAGAUAUUUGUGGUGCAAGGUGGUUUUGUAUUAUAACAACAAUGUUACUUGAAUUUAAUCCAUAAUAUAAUUUGACAUCUAGCAAACUAGUUACUUAAUUUUUGUUACUUGUGUAAUAAUAGGAACUUUUUAUAAUUAUAAAUAAAAAGCAUAUAAGUUGUA